AUGUCAGAGAAGAAGAGAACUGAAACAUCUGCUCAAUCUGCUGUCAAGGAUUCAUCAGCUUUCAAAAAGUUCCUCCGUUUGUCCAGAACCCUGCAAUUCGCGUGGUUCGCAGGCCAUGUCACUACUCUGGUAGCUAGCAUCUUCUGCUUCAUCUCAGCGAAUCAAGCAGUUUACAGAAUUGCCUGGCUCGGAGUCAUCGAAUCCUUUGGUAUCAUCACUUACCAGCAUUAUGCUUCCAAAUCUAAAGCCACUUCGGAGCAAAAGGGUCUGACCCCUCAGGCGUUGCUCCAGAACGGCGAUGUGCUGUAUUUUCUAUUGGCUUUAAUGUGGUUCAUUACGCCUAAGUUUACGCUGGCCCUGGUUCCGUAUGCUUUCUUCUCCCUAUUCCAUGUCUUGAUCUAUUGCAAGAGCAUCCUGCUCCCAGAAGUUUUUGGUCUCACUGCAGAGAACAGCAAGGUCGUCAGUCUCAUUGCCAACUUUGUGCGUAACUUCAAUGAAAGAUGUAUGUACUGGGUUGGCAGCAUGGAACUGAACUUAUUUCUGUUCUUGGCCUUAAGGGCGUUGCUAUGGUACCCAAGAUCCUGGAUCAUCCUAGUGGCCUACACACUUUUCAUUAAGAUUAGAUUUGAGAACUCCAAGUACAUGCAGGCUACUUUUGCGCAAUGGAGAGUCAGGUUCGAUGGAGCUGUGAGCCAUCCCUCAAUCCCACCCGUUUUGAAGCGCGGUUACGGUAAGGUCAAGUCUUUGCUAAUUCAGGUCUCUCAGUUCCGUCUGUCGAAACCACAGCCUGCGGCUGCGUCCGCUGGUUCUAAAGAGCAUUCCCAGAAGGCUAACUGA